AUCCCAUCCUGCAAACACACUAUCACCCUCACAAUGGCUUCUGCUCUCCGUCUCGGAUCCUCUGCUUUGAGAUCUUCUCUCACUGCUCCCGCGUUCAACGCGAGAACCGCUGCCUUCAAUGGCCUGCGAUGCUACUCUUCCAAGACCCAGACCUUAAAGGAGCGAUUCGCCGAGCAAUUGCCAGAGAAGAUUGAGCAGAUCAAGAAGCUUCGCAAAGAACAUGGAUCAAAGGUUGUCGGCGAGGUGACCUUGGACCAGGUCUACGGUGGUGCUCGUGGCAUCAAGUCACUGGUCUGGGAAGGAUCCGUUCUUGAUGCAGAGGAGGGUAUCCGCUUCAGAGGAAAGACAAUCCCAGAGUGCCAGGAGCUUCUUCCGAAGGCUCCCGGAGGCCAGGAGCCUCUGCCUGAAGGUCUUUUCUGGCUCCUCCUGACCGGUGAGGUGCCCAGCGAGCAGCAAGUCCGUGACCUCUCCGCCGAAUGGGCUGCCCGUUCAGACGUCCCCAAAUUCGUUGAGGAGCUGAUCGACCGCUGCCCUAGCGACCUCCACCCCAUGGCUCAAUUCUCUAUCGCAGUCAAUGCUCUCGAGCAUGAAUCUGCCUUCGCCAAGGCGUAUGCCAAGGGUAUGAAGAAGAGCGAAUACUGGGGCCACACCUUCGAGGACUCCAUGGACCUCAUUGCCAAGCUCCCUACCAUCGCCGCAAGAAUCUACCAGAACGUCUUCAAGGGCGGUAAGGUUGCCCCUGUUCAGAAGGACAAGGAUUACAGUUUCAACUUCGCCAACCAGCUUGGCUUUGCCGACAACAAGGACUUUGUUGAGUUGAUGAGACUGUACCUCACUAUCCACACUGACCACGAGGGUGGCAAUGUCAGCGCUCACACCACUCACUUGGUUGGAAGUGCUCUCAGCUCUCCCAUGCUCUCUCUCGCUGCUGGUCUGAACGGUCUCGCUGGUCCUCUCCACGGUCUCGCCAACCAGGAGGUCUUGAACUGGCUCACAAAGAUGAAGGCUGCCAUUGGCAAUGACCUCAGUGACAAGGCCAUCACCGACUACUUGUGGUCCACCCUCAAUGCUGGUCAAGUUGUCCCCGGAUAUGGCCAUGCUGUCCUCCGCAAGACUGACCCCCGCUACAUGGCUCAGAGAGCCUUUGCUGAGAAACACCUGCCCAACGACCCCAUGUUCCAGUUGGUUAGCCAAGUCUACAAGAUUGCCCCAGGCGUUCUGACAGAACAUGGCAAGACAAAGAACCCCUUCCCCAACGUUGACGCCCACAGCGGUGUUCUCCUGCAAUACUAUGGUCUGACUGAGGCCAACUACUACACUGUGCUCUUCGGUGUCUCCCGUGCCAUUGGUGUCCUGCCUCAACUUAUCAUUGACCGUGCAAUUGGCGCUCCUAUCGAGAGACCCAAGUCCUUCUCAACAGAGAAGUGGGCCGAGAUCGUUGGGGCUAAGUUGUAA